GAAAGGUCGCCGGUGGGUGUGAGGAAGAGGAGUAAGUGGGUACUUUGUGAGGCACAAGGCGUCGAGGUGGGCGUGGCACUUCAGGAGCAGGGCUGCGUCGGGGACAAAGUCAGCUGUGUGUCAAGAGGCAGGCGGACAAAGCGGACGAGCUAAAAACACCCUAAUCUUGGAAAGCGGAAGAACUGGCUUCGUUGGCGCGGACCUUAUCGCGCGGAGAUAAGAUAAGGUGGCGUUGCUCGACGUAUACCUGAGCCACCUUAUUCUGCCGGUAAGCACGAUGACGAGCGGACCUGAAGGCACCAACAGCGGCACCGCCUCCCCCAGCAGCCACGGAGACGGCUCCGCCGCCAGAAUCCCGGACUCGGUGACGGAGGCGCUGAAGGAGCUGCAGAAGCGCACGGGGUUCCCGAUCUCGCAGGAGAACGGGCAGCGCAGGUACGGCCCCCCGCCCUCGUGGGACGGCCUGCCGCCGCCCAAGGGCUGCGAGGUGUUCAUCGGCAAAAUCCCGCGCGACAUGUUCGAGGACGAGCUGGUGCCGGUGCUGGAGCGCGCCGGGAAGCUGUACGAGGUGCGCCUCAUGAUGGAGACGGCGAGCACCAACCGCGGCUACGGCUUCGUGCAGUUCACGACGCGCGAGGAGGCCGAGACCGCCCUGCGCAGCCUCAACAACCACGAGGUCAGGCCCAACCGCUUCCUGGGCGUCAUGCGCAGCGUGGACAACAACCGCCUGUUCGUGGGCGGCAUCCCCAAGAACCGGUCGCGCGAGGAGGUGCAGGAGGAGAUGCGGCGCGUGACGGAGGGCGUCGUCAAGAUCAUCCUGUACCCGUGCGUGAACGACCGCACCAAGAACCGCGGCUACGCCUUCGUCGAGUACGAGAGCCACAAGGCGGCCGCCAUGGCGCGAAGGAAGAUGUUCACGGGGCGCGUGCUGCUCUGGGGCAACACGGAGGUCAAGGUGGACUGGGCCGAACCCGAGCUCGGAACCUGGCCCUGUGCACGGCCGAAGAUGACCUAAGGAAGCUGUGCAGUAACAUCGUGAACGGCGUGGAAAGGGUCAAGAAGCAGAAGGACUAUGCGUUCGUUCACUUUGCCACCAGGGAGCAGGCGGAGGCGGUCAAGUCUGCCCUCAAUGGUCAUAUACUCCACGGCUGCGAACUUGAGAUAACAUGGGCCAAGCCAGUCAAGAACAGAGAGGAGUACCAGCAGAGAAAAGCCAUUGCAAGGUCCAUGGUUAGUGCAGGACAAGCUCGCACAGGUUUUCUUCCACACAUAACCCCAACUGGGGAACCGGUGAUCAUGCUGCCCAAGUGCGGAGGGCAGCAGGAGCCCAGGGCCUUCAGCACCAGCCACGAUCAGGGUCUUCACGCUCAGGAAUGUGGAUGUACCGAUCAUGGGUAUACAAUCACCAACAAUGUUUAUACCACAAGUGAAAAACCAGAAUGAGGUGAUUAUGCCGGGUACCCAACUGGCCCCACUCAUUUCCAGUCAGAGAGGAUGGCAAGCUCUCCAGAUGAGGUGCAGAACUUGGCUACGGAUGUCGUUUUAAAGCAAUUAGGUAUGCUGCAAACUCCAGUUCGUAACCAAACUGCUAAUGCAAGAAUGUUGCAGAAUGGUCAGGCUUACAGAGGUCCUCCACUUGCACCGCAAUAUUACAUGACCUCUCCAAUGAACAUGGCUCCUAUUAUCACACCUUCCAUACCUACACCAACCGCACAAAGCAUGGCAGUUACCCCUGGCACAUACCUGGUGCCCUCUCCUACUCUCGCUGGAUAUGAGAGCCUGAAUCCAUAUACUCUGCAAAGUGCUUAUUACCAGCAUGCUUUGAUGGGUCAGCAGGCGGGAAUUGCAACUCUAGAAAGGCCUCGAUAUAGUGCGACGGAAUAGAUUCUGGUGGAAUGUAAUGUAACUUGUAAUAGAAUAUUUAUUUACAUGGUUUUUAUUAUAAAAAAUGCUGUUUAUAAACCUAGUAUUAGCUGUUGAUAUAAAACAUUUUCAUAUUAAUGGAUAUUAAACAAUAGCUAUAUACUCAGGGAAAAAACAUCUGUUGUGUACAACUUAAAGUCUGGAAAAAAAA